CCUCUCGCCGAGCCAGAGAUUCAGACACACACCGAAAAGCGGCCGCCGCUCUCCAAGCGGCAAACUCGGAACUGCCCGGCAGGGACUGGAGCCCCUCCAGCCAGCGCGCCCGGCAGGGACCCGCGCGGACAGGCGGACGGACCGAGCCGUCCUGCUGCUCCCCGGCUCGCGUCUGCUCCGUCCCGCUCUGCUUGUCCCAGGCGCGGCAAGGCGGCGUGAGAAGCGGCGGGGGAAAGGAAGUUGUCCUGUAUCUACAUCUUGAAGAAAAAAUGUUUUUGAACAGAGGAAAAUACCAACAUUACAAUUUUAUGUCUAUUUAUCAAGUAUACAAAAGCAAAAUGAUGCUCCAAAACCCAGGCCAGGUAUCUGCAUCAGAAGUCAGCGCCUCCGCAAUUGUUCCCUGUUUGUCUCCUACAGCGUCACUGGGGUUUGAGGAUUUCACAAAUCUAACCCCACUGGUGAAGGAGGAAUUGAGAUUUGCCAUCCAAAAUAAGUGCCUAUCCCACAGGAUGUCUUCCACAUUGGAUACAGUGACAGUGUUGGAAAGACCCGUUGAAAUGUCUGUUCUGAAAGCAGAGUUUUCGCCCCAAGAAGAUGAAAGGAAAAAGAGAAGAAGGGAAAGGAACAAAAUUGCAGCUGCAAAAUGCCGAAACAAAAAGAAGGAGAAAACAGAAUGUUUGCAGAAAGAAUCAGAAAAGUUGGAAACUAUCAACGCAGAACUAAAGGCCCAGAUUGAAGAGCUAAAGAAUGAGAAGCAACAUUUGAUAUACAUGCUCAAUCUCCACAGGCCAACUUGCAUAGUUCGAGCACAGAACGGGAGAACACCCGAGGAUGAAAGAAACCUCUUUAUUCAACAGAUCAAAGAAGGAACAUUGCAGGGUUAAGGCAAACCUAGAGUUCUCAUAGUGCAUCUUUACACCAAAAAAAAACAGAAACCAUCGAGGAUUUGACUCAAUGUGUAUCUGUAGGAUCCUAUUAGUCUAGAACCGUUAGGCAGGGGAGAUUGCUUUGUUAAGCAGGAAGGAUCAUGUUGGCUUAGCUGUGAUUCUUCCUCUCCAAAGAUUUGGUCUCGAUCAAGUCGAAGAGUCCUCUGCCUCAACUCUAGGUUUUAGUACUUGUCAUACUUGCUGUUCCUAGAAGCUACAGACAACAGCUCCGGAAGUUUUAGGUCUCUGUAGUGUACAGUGCCUGCACUCAUGAUGUUUGUGUUAGAACACUAUGACUUCCAAUGAUGCACAUCGUACCGACAGCUGUGCUGGAUGGACACUAUCUUUCUUUGUUGCUGGUAGGGAAAGCACACUGAGAGUGUUUUUAAAGUUUUGCAAUGUUUCCAGAAUGAUGCUUUCUGGCAGAAUGCGUUGCUAUGUGAUGGGACACACUGUAGUCUAACCUAAUGCUGCAAAGACUUUCGUUUCAAACUAAGCAUUGUACUUUUUUUUUUUUCACAACACUUGUGUGGGUUUUUUUAUGACUCAGCGGCAGAUUCUGAGAAGUCUGAGAGAUGUGACAAGUGUCAGUUUCUUGCCAAAUGUCCAUGUAACUAAGUUUGCAUUUACUGAACUGGAACCUCACUCACUGUUCUUCAGGAAUUGCAAUUUUGCCAUGAAAAAUAGGAAAGCACCUUGGCCUUUGUGCACCCAAAGUAUAAUAUCUCAUAUGGGUGAUAUUUCAAAGAACUUAAUGGAAACAAAAUUACACAGUAAAAAUAGACUUGAAAAAUCUAAUGAUUCCCUAAUGUCUUGGGUUCUGAGCAUGCAAUCUUUAUUCAGGCAAAACUCCCAUUUAUCAUUCAUUCUGAGUGAAAUUUACCCCGUGCAGAGGGCAGGUGCAAGGGCUAUACAUCAUGUAAGCCCUAUUUUGACGCUAUAAAUGUAAUUUAAAUAAUGCAUCCACCUUAUGCUGGCCCUCUGCACAUGGGUGAAUUGCACUUUUUGGGAAGAGGGAACUAACCAGGAAGGGACUUCAAUAAGACUUUUGCUUGAGUAAGGAUUGCAGGAUUGAACCCCAAAUUUGUGAAUCACAGAAAAUAGAAAUGGAAAAGACUUACUACAUUAGAUCACACAGGGGCUGAUUCUGCACACCUUUACUCAAAUUAGUAAUCCUGUUCACACAAGUAGUCCCACACGUAGCUCUUACUCAUGUGAGCAAUGGUUUGAAGUCUCUCACCCUGUCAGGAUUAUUUCUUAUUGCCAGAUAAUUUAUACAGGGGAAAGAAUUCUGACUAUAGUAAUUUCUUUCAUAUUUGAGUGGUAACUGCAGCCAACCAAAAUGCUGUUUAGAAUCCAAGAAUAGCCUAGAACUUAACCUAAGGGUAGGUCCAUACUUACCUCCAGGUCCGGUGGUAAGAAAUCCAUCCUGGAUUGAUCCCGCAAGUGCCCGCCGUUGACGCUGGUACUCCUGCUCGGUGAGAGGUGUACGCGGAGUUGACGGGGGAGCCUGCCUGCUGCGUCUGGACCCGCGGUAAGUUUGAACUAAGGUAUUUUGACUUCAGCUGUGUUAUUCACGUAGCUGAAGUUGCGUAUCUUAGUUCGAAGUGGGGGGUUAGUGUGGACCAGGCCUUGGUGAUGUAGUGAGUAACUAUUUUUUACUUUUUUAAAAAUCUAACCUUAGAUGUUUUGAACUAUUAGUUGAGCUGCUGGACUAAAGAGCUAGAGUUAUGAGUGUUUAAAUUCUGAUGUUUCUGUGAAAUCCUCAGAUUGUUUAAUCCUAUUAAAUAUUAUCAUUACAGUUUUCUGUAAAAGAAAAUAUUAUCCUUAUUUAUCACUAAUAUUCCUAAGAAGUUGAAAUAAUAAAUAUUGCAAACAAGACAAAACUGAAAACACAAGUGUUGUACUGUUUUUUAUUUUUACUUUUUGGUGUCUAAUAUUAUAUAUUUCUAAACUUCAACGCUUCUAUUUGGGACACCACUAUUUAAAAAGUAUAAGUGCCUGAUUCUUGCCUCUCAUGAGGUGUUCAUCAUCUUGCAGGAUUGGGUUCAGAGAUUUCAUAUCUCAAUCAGUGGUGUCUAAUUGCUUAAUAAUGCAUUUUAAAUGAAAUAAACCAUAAAAAUGGAGCUUACAGUACAUAAUAUUUUACACCAGUUCUGCAGUGUUAAAAAUACAAUUUCAAUCUAAACCAAUAGAUACCUCAACCAUCAGCUUCUUACUUUACAAGCCCCAAAUGGGUAAACCAGAUAUCAUACCAGAUCCCUUUUUAUUUUUAUAUUCUGCAACAGAACUUCUUAAUACACUUUCCUAAGAUCUGGAUAUAUUGUAAUGUCCUAUAUCAUGUUUCAGAUGUGUACUUCAAGCACCUGAAAGGUGAAUGUAUAAAAUACAAUAUAUUAGGCCACAUUCAGUCCUGGGGACCAAGUCUCUCGUUGCAGAUUAUGUGGAACUCCCAAUGACUUCAAUGAGAGUUUCUCAGAUCCUGUGGUUGGAGAACAGAGUCCCCUCAUGCAAUUCCACUGGCUUAACUGGAGUUACACAAUGGAUAAAUUUGGCCCAUUGUUUGGCUGACACAGGAAAAACAUAGAACGUGUUUCAAUAACCUUGUCAAAUGAAUUUUCAUUAGCAUUUGACUUCUGUAAUAUAGAAGCAGUAGAUCUAAGCAUAAUCCAGAUACCAAACUCCUUGGCUUUGUCCUUUGUGCAACAAAUAUCAGCAAAGGCAAAAUAAAAAAAAAA